AUGCCGCGCGUGAUUUCAUUGUCCGGUAGAGGAGAAUGGAAACAAAAUGUUGUGACUGGAGACUUUGCCGAUUCUGAGUUCGGAUUUCUGGGGUCGUUCGUAGAAAUGCUCCCAGAAGAUUUGGGUUCGAAAACUAUCAAGAAUAAGAACAAAACCAAAAAACAUAUGAAGGAAGAAGUUCUCGAAGACGCUGAGGAACCACGUAGCAAAAAAAUGAAAAAGAGAAGGAAGAAGGCUAAAAAAGACAAGAAGGAAGCGGAAACGAACAUCGUAGAAGAGGAUGAAUCAGGAAACGCUGAGGAAGUUAAAAAGCCUUUGGACAACGAAGAUAACAAUCGCAAUUCGAGGACGAAGAAGAGGAAACGAAAAGAAGAUAAAACAAAUGACAUAGCUCCUGGAAAGAAGGUCAAAUUCACAGCUCAACUGUUGCCGUUGUCAAAGCAAGCGGAGAGCGCGGAAAUUUUGCCUCAGAAAAACACCGAGGAAGCGAUUCAACGAAUUGUAAUUGAUGACGAAGAUGAGGAAGAUAACAAUAACUCCGGAGAGAAGCCGUCUUGGGAUGAUUUAUAUUUACCGGAGUCUAUAUUACAAGCGAUUAAAGAUAUGGGGUUCCGAUAUCCUACUGAAAUCCAACGUCAUGUGCUACCUUUCGCAGUAAGAGAUCGAUGUGAUGUUUUGGGAGCAGCAGAGACGGGCAGCGGAAAAACGCUAGCAUAUGCGAUUCCAAUGGUGGUUCGGCUUCUUGAGUUCUCUGAAGAGCCAAAAUCAAUCUCUAGUGGGCCAAAGGCGCUGAUUUUAGCACCGACGAGGGAAUUGGUUGUACAAAUCAUGAAACAUUUGACAAUUUUAUUGAAGUACACGAAUUUCAAGGCCUUUCCCAUUGUAGGUGGUUUAGCCCAAGUACGGCAAACUAGAAUACUUAGAGAGCAGAAACCAGAAGUGAUAGUGGCGACACCUGGAAGACUAUGGGCGAUGAUGAAGGAGAGCGAACGAAGCGACACUAAUUCCCAAUAUCUAGCUGACUGGAGCAAACUGUUGUGUUUAGUGGUGGAUGAAACGGAUCGAAUGGUUGAAAAAGGACAUUUUAAGGAAAUGCAGGAUGUUUUACAAUUCGUCAGAAAAUCUGCCCCAGAGAAACUGCAGACACUGGUGUUCUCAGCCACGUUGACAUAUGUUCAUCGGGAACGGAUCAGACCUGGCCAUGCCGACAAGAAGGAGUUGACAGCGAAUCAGAAAAUCAAAGAGCUGAUACACUUGACGGGAAUGCGUCCAAACUGCAAAAUAGUGGAUAUAACUAAACCUAUUGGUACAGCGGAGACACUUGUGGAGACUAGAAUCAACUGCUCAAGCCUUCUUGAAAAAGAUACGACGAUUGUAUAUCUGCUAGAGCGGUACAAAGGUAGAUCGUUGAUUUUCACGAAUUCUGUGGAUGCUACAAGAAGGAUGUAUGGUAUCCUAAAGUUGCUGAAACUGCAGCCUUUGAUGAUCCAUGCAAAAAUGGAGCAGAAAGCUCGCUUGAAGAAUUUGGAAAAGUUUGCGGCUGAUUCGAGGAGCGUCUUGCUGGCCACAGAUGUGGCUGCGAGAGGAUUGGAUAUUCAGGGUAUUGAUAACGUGAUACAUUAUCAAGUACCGAAAACUGCUGAGAUAUAUAUUCACCGAUCAGGAAGGACCGCAAGAGCUUCUCGAAAAGGUCUUUCAGUGCUCAUAGUAGACUCCAAGGAUGCUCACUUAUAUAGGAGGCUAUGUAAAAAUCUCAACAGAGAAAAGGAUUUACAAAUUUUUCCAAUCGAUCGUAUAGAAUUGAUGAAGAGGUUGAAGACAAGAGUGGAGUUGGCGUCUGCUUUGGAUGCGUUAGCGCACAGGAGUAAGAAGAUCCGCUUAUCUGAAAACUGGUUUGACAAAAUAAUUUGCGAGGCAGAUUUGGAAAUGGACGAUGUAAGAGAAACCGAACAGGCCAAUGCAAACGACGAGAUGAACUCUAUCAGAGCGCAAGAGUUGCAGCUGCAAGCCGAGCUGAAAGCUGAUCUUGCCAAACCGCUCCCAGACAUCAAUGACCUUAAGACCCUUAAGACGAGGUACAUAAAUCCGGAUGUUGUGGCACAGUACAGCAAGAUGAAAGCAUCGUCGACGAACACAUUGGAUGCGUUAGAAGAAAAGUUGGCCGAAGUGGAAAAAAAGAAGAAAAGAACAAGAAAGCUCAUUACCACACAUCAUUUGAAGGCGAAAUCGUUCAAGCGUAAGAAGAGGUUUUAA